AUGCCUGGAUCGCCCUCAGCAACAUGGCGUGUGUACGUCGAGCGGCUCCGAUCGGUGUUCCAAGGCGCUGAUCCGCGCGUCGCCGUGGCUUUCUGGCUCUUUGGGUUGAUCAACAAUAUCUUCUACGUGAUCAUUCUCACCGCCGCGUUGGAUCUCGUCGGUCCAAGCGUGCCGAAAGCGACGGUGCUGCUCGCGUGCAUCGUCCCGGGUCUUGCGACCAAAGUCGUUGCGCCGUAUGUGAUUCAUUGGAUCCCAUACUCACUGCGAGUCUUGAUCUUCGCGGGAUUGUCGACAUGCGGUAUGCUGGCAGUUGCUCUCUCGCCCAACAAUACAGAUGCCAGCAGCAUAUCGAGUAAGAUUGCCGGUAUCGUCCUGGCAAACAUUAGCAGUGGGUUUGGAGAAGUCAGCUUCCUCGGUCUGACACACUACUAUGGUCCCUUCAGUCUUGCGGCUUGGGGGAGCGGAACUGGUGGUGCUGGUCUCAUCGGUGCUGGAGCGUAUGCGCUUGCCACAACACAGCUGGGCUUCAGUGUACACGCGACAUUGGUAUCGAGUACUKUGCUGCCGCUGGUCAUGCUAUUCAGCUACUUCAUUUUGCUACCCCUCGGGCCUCUCCGAGGUGCACGCAAGGAUGAACGUCAAUAUCAGUCUGUAGAUACCGAGGAAGACGACUUUGAUCCCUCUCAGGUUGACCCUCCCGAUACAGCUGGCUUACUCGCUCGGCCUGAAGGAAGAUCGGUCUCGCCUGCAUACAUCAACAAGCAGAGCUGGGCUAGACAAGCCUGGAUAGAUCUCAGAAGCAAACUGGUCCGCGCAAAAGCACUUGUCAUACCUUACAUGGUACCGUUGUUCCUCGUUUACCUCGCUGAGUACACCAUUAACCAGGGUGUGGCACCAACUCUGCUGUUUCCUCUGGCAGAAUCACCAUUCAAGCAUUUUCGAGCAUUCUACCCAACCUAUGGCGCGAUCUAUCAAGUCGGCGUCUUCAUCUCUCGGUCCUCUCUUCCCUUCAUUCGCAUCCGCAGCCUCUACAUCCCGACGUUCCUGCAAGUCCUCAAUCUCGUGAUUCUCGUCGCGCACGCUCUCUGGCCAUUCAUCCCGACUGUCUGGUUUGUGUUCGCGAUCAUCUUCUGGGAAGGACUGCUAGGAGGUCUGGUCUAUGUAUCAACCUUUGCAGCUAUUCGGGAAGACAUAGCCGAUGAUGAGAGGGAGUUCAGUCUAGGCGCUGUAACUGUCAGCGAUAGUGGAGGGAUCUUUCUGGCUGGACUGCUGGGCGCUUUCAUGGAGACUGCUCUCUGUCRGUGGCAAGUGGACCAUGGGAGAGAUUGGUGUCGGUCUCUUUGA